UUUUCAUUUCCCCAUAUUCUCCAAUUCUCCCACCCGCCUCUCUGGACGAUUGGACACCGCGAGUUCUAGCAUCUCCAGAUUGUCUUUCUCUCGAAGAUCCAAUUUUGCAGAGAAAUGGAUGGGCAUGACUCGGAAGAUGCAAAGCAAAGCACUGCUGAUAUGACCGUUUUUGUGCAAAACCUUCUUCAACAGAUGCAAUCUAGGUUCCAAACCAUGUCCGACUCCAUAAUCACAAAGAUUGAUGAGAUGGGGAGCCGCAUAAACGAAUUGGAGCAGAGCAUCAACGACCUAAAGGCUGAGAUGGGCGUAGAGGGCUCACCAUCACCGCUGCCUUCUUCCAAGUCAAAUGCAGAUGAAGGGAAGAAAGAGGAAGGUUCUGCUUAGAAAUAGUUGAAAGCGUAUGUUUCAUUGAUGAGUUUGAUCACUUUCAGUAUUAUUCUCUUUUUGGUAUUGCCUUUUGUGAAAUUGAAGCCAAUGCUUAGGAUGAGACUGAAAAGUGCAACAUGUUCUAGACCUGGACUUGCUAUUUCUGCACGAUUUCUUAUUUCAAAAUGACAUGAUAAUAUAGUGAUUAUUAUACUC